UACCACCAUUUUCUUCAUAUCUUCUAGUCUCAUCUGUAUUUUUGCCUUACCCAUGCCAUUGUUAUAUAUAUAUGUAUACAUAUAUGUGUAACAUUGUAUAGUCAUGUUCUAUGACCUGGCUUUACCCUCAAAAUUUAUAAUACCCACUAAGGACAAACAAACAAGAAACCAAACAACCCUCAUGGAUUCAAUGUUUUUAAUUAAUCAACCCUUCUCGAUUAAUUGAUCUUUCGUUAGGGUAUUGAUGAUUGUGAUUUGUUACAUGAGUCAAUGGGUCAGGACUUUUGAUCCGGACCCACCUUUUGUUCUUGGGUCACAACACUGAAACACACCCUGAAUUAGGUUUGAGGCAUGUUUUGUACAUUGACGAUCUGUUAUGGGUCUUGGGUUUUCUUGAUUGGUGUUAUCCUGAGCAGGGUAAAUUGUUUGAUGCAUUGACAAAAGCUCGGAUAGACGAGUUAGAGUGCAAUCGCUUCGUGCAGAAUAAUUUCAAAGUGGAUGUGUGGGAUGUGGUUGUGAUGAUAUAGACAUUAUGUAGCAUUGCGUAUUUCACUGUGAAAUUAUGGAAGUGCUUCCUUGUUCUAGCGUACAUUAUGUUGGAGAAUCUGAUUGCCAACAACAGGGUUCAGGAACAGUUUCUGUAUAUGAUGGAGAAUCAAACUGCCUUGAACAGGGAGAACAAGUUCAAGUAGCGGAUGUUAAGGUGAAUGGCUUAACGCUAAAUGUUGAAGGACCUCAAAAAGAAAGACCAGGUGAAGCUCAAUGGAUGGUUGACGAAAUGCCUGCUUCAGAAGGCCAUUAUAGUGGACCUUCAUUUUUUGACUUUGAAUUGGAAAGCCAAAAAUUAUCUUGUGAUUCCCAUGAUUCUGAAGAUGAUAGCUUAAAUGCACAGGACCAGUACACAGAACCUUUCCUGACCUCUGAGAAUUCUCUUCUGAUCGGUGAUACUAUUGAAAGUGGGCUGCCAAAUAACACCAGGGAGGGAGAGUCUUCUCUUUCAGAACCCUUGUGGCUAGAACAAAAUGAACCCAUGGCAGUGUGGGUCAAGUGGAGAGGAAAGUGGCAAGCAGGAAUCAGAUGUGCGAGGGCUGACUGGCCAUUACCAACUUUGAAAGCAAAGCCAACUCAUGACAGGAAAAAAUAUGUUGUAAUAUUUUUUCCUCGCACAAGAAAUUAUUCUUGGGCAGAUGUGCUACUUGUCCGUCCAAUCAAUGAAUUUCCGCAGCCUAUUGCAUAUAGGACACACAAAGUUGGAUUGAAAUUAGUUAAAGAUUUAACUCUUGCCCGCCGGUUUAUCAUGCAAAAGUUAGCUGUUAGCUUGCUGAAUAUUAUUGAUCAAUUACGUAACGAGGCUCUGAUAGAAAGUGCUCGCAAUGUGUUGGUUUGGAAAGAAUUUGCAGUGGAGGCUUCCCGCUGUAAAGGUUAUCCUGAUCUUGGAAGGCUGCUUUCGAAACUUCAGAAUAUGAUAAUGCAUUGUUGUAUAAGUGCUGAGUGGUUACAACACUCUUUCCACUCUUGGUUACAGCGAUGUCAGGAUGCACAUAGUGCUGAAUCUGUUGAAUUGUUGAAGGAGGAAUUAGUUGAUUCUAUCAUGUGGAACGAAAUCAACUUGCUCUCAGAUGUAGCAGUGCAGUCUGAGUUGGGUUCUGAGUGGAAGUCCUGGAAGCAUGAAGUUAUGAAAUGCUUUUCAUUGUCGAAUCCCAUAUCUAGUGAUGGAGACAUGGAGCAGCAGAGUAAUGAUAGUCCUUUACCCACGGGGCUUCAGGUUAGCACGAAGAGGCCCAAGCUUGAAGUUCGUCGUGCUGAGGCACAUGCCUUCCAGGUAGACACCCAGGGUUCACAUCAGGCUGGAACUGUUGAGAUUGAUACUGGAUUUUUUGAUGGUCGAGACACUGUAAAUCCUGGUUCAUUAGUGCCCAAGCCUUCUAGAGAGGAAAUUAUAAUGGAGGAAGCAGCACCUACAGACUACUCUGGUAAUGCAGCUGGUAGAUGGGGUGAGAUUGUAGUUGAAGCGGGAAAUUCUGAUGUCAUUCAAACCAAAGAUGUCGAAUUGACACCUGUUAAUGGAGUGGUUGCUUGGAAAUCCUUGGAUACUGGGAAUAAACAUCGCCAAUGCAUUGCUUUCAUUGAAGCUAAGGGAAGGCAGUGUGUGAGGUUUGCAAAUGAUGGUGAUGUUUACUGUUGUGUGCAUUUGGCCUCACGUUUUGUUGGAAACUCUGCAAAAGCAGAAGCAACUCCACCUGUAAAUGCACCAAUGUGUGAAGGUACCACUGUUCUUGGUACUAAAUGCAAGCAUCGGUCUUUAUCUGGUUCCUCUUUUUGUAAGAAACACAGACCCCGAAAUGAUACAAAGAUGACUUCUUGCUCACCGGAGAAUAAGCUUAAGAGAAAGCAAAAUGAGAUUGUAAAUCGAUCAGAGACUGCAUAUUGCAAAGAGAUUGCGUUCGUGGGAGACUGUGAAACUCCCCUCGAAGUAGAUCCAAUCUCAUUCGUGGGUGUAGAAUCCCUCAAUAAUAGCUGCUUAAUUGAGAUGCCCGAGCAUCCCAGAAAAGAGUAUAACACCACUGAGAUGCACUGCAUAGGCUCAUGCUUACAGGAUGGCAGUGAUCCUUGCCUGGAAACUCCAAAGCGGCACUCGUUAUAUUGUGAAAAACACCUUCCAAGCUGGCUUAAACGUGCACGGAACGGCAAGAGCAGGAUAAUUUCAAAGGAAGUGUUUAUAGAUAUUUUGAAGGAUUGUUACUCACGGGAGCAAAAAUUGCAGUUACAUCAAGCUUGUGAGCUAUUCUACAGGCUCUUUAAAAGCAUCCUAUCCCUAAGAAAUCCUGUUCCCAAAGAAAUCCAACUUCAAUGGGCCAUAUCUGAAGCUUCUAAAGAUGUUGGUGUUGGGGAAUUCUUAAUGAAGUUGGUUUCCAAUGAAAGGGAGAAACUUGAGAGGCUUUGGGGUUUUAAUUCUAAUAAAGAUACACAGGUCUCCUCUCCUGUCGAAGAACCUGUUCUGAUUCCAGUGGUUAGUGAUAGUGAACAUGACAUUGAAAAUUCAAUCAAGUGCAAAAUUUGCUCUGAGAAAUUUGUGGAUGACCAAGCGCUUGGCACACACUGGAUGGACAGUCACAAAAAGGAAGCACAAUGGCUGUUCAGAGGUUAUGUUUGUGCCAUCUGCUUGGAUUCUUUUACUAACAAGAAAGUUUUGGAAACACAUGUGCAGGAGAGACACCAUGUGCAAUUUGUUGAACAAUGCAUGCUUUUCCAGUGCAUUCCUUGUGGUGGUCAUUUUGGCAAUCCCGAUCAGUUGUGGUUGCAUGUGCUCUCGGUUCAUCCUGCUAAUUUCAGGCUGUCAAAAGUUACUCAGUCUGUGGGUGAAGUUUCUCCACAGAAGUUUGAGCUGGGCAAUUCAGCUUCUGUAGAGAAUAACAAUUAUGAGAGUCAAGGGGGUUCCCGGAGGUUCAUUUGCAGGUUUUGUGGGUUGAAGUUUGAUUUGCUACCUGAUCUAGGCCGACACCAUCAAGCUGCUCAUAUGGGGCCAACUUCUGUCGGUCCUCGCCCCCCAAAGAGGGGUAUCCGCUUUUAUGCUUAUAGAUUAAAAUCGGGGAGACUUACCCGUCCUAGGUUUAAAAAGGGUCUGGGUGCAGCAUCGUAUAGGAUAAGGAAUAGGGGCAAUGCAAGUAUGAAGAAACGAAUCCAGGCAUCUAAUGCAGUUACUACAGGGGAAACAAAAGUGCUAUCUCAUGUAACUGAGGCAGCAAGUCUUGGUAGAUUGGUGCAAUCUCAGUGCUCAGCCAUUGCUAAAAUGUUGUUUUCUGAGAUCCAGAAGACAAAACCGCGGCCCAAUAACCAUGACAUCUUAUCUAUUGCUCGGUCUGCAUGCUGCAAGGUUAGCCUCCAAGCCUCAUUGGAGGAGAAAUUUGGACUAUUGCCAGAACGUUUGUACCUGAAGGCAGCCAGACUUUGCAGCGAGCAUAAUAUACUAGUGGACUGGCACCAAGAGGGGUUUGUUUGUCCUAAAGAAUGCAAACCAAUCACAGAUCCACAUCUGAUGUCUUCCUUGACGCCUCUCUUAAAUGGUCUUGUGGUUUCCAGAUCUGUUCUUCCAUCUGAGUCUGUGAACAACGAGUGGGAAAUGGAUGAAUGCCAUUAUAUUAUUGAUUCCCAGCAUUUUAGACAGAAUAUCAUGCAGAAAACCAUUAUCUUAUGUGAUGACAUAAGCUUUGGACAGGAAUCGAUUCCAAUAGCAUGUGUAGUGGAUGAAAAUCUUUUCGGGUCCCUUCACAUCCUUGCAGAUGACUCUAAUGGCCAAACUACUGUGUGCUCUAUGCCUUGGGAGAGCUUUAGUUAUGUCAUGAAGCCAUUACUUGAUCAAUCCCUAUGUCUUGAACCAGAGUGUUUGCAGUUGGGAUGUGCUUGCACACGUUCAACGUGCUUUCCUGAAACCUGCGAUCAUGUAUACCUUUUUGAUAAUGAUUAUGGAGAUGCUAAGGAUAUAUACGGCAAACCAAUGCGUGGCAGGUUCCCGUAUGAUGAGAAAGGGCGGAUCAUUCUGGAAGAAGGUUACCUAGUCUAUGAGUGCAAUCACAUGUGCAGCUGCAAUAGAUCCUGUCGGAAUAGGGUUUUGCAGAAUGGGGUACGAGUGAAAUUGGAGGUCUUCAAAACUGAGAAAAAGGGUUGGGCAGUCAGGGCAGGUGAAGCGAUCCUGCGCGGUACGUUUGUAUGCGAGUUAAUUGGGGAGGUUAUAGAUGAGCAGGAAGCAAACAAGAGACGCAAUAGGCACGACAGAGAAGGUUGCAGAUAUUUCUAUGAUGUCGAUGCUCACAUUAAUGAUAUGAGCAGAUUGAUUGAAGGGCAGGUCCCAUAUGUAAUUGAUGCCACUGAUUAUGGAAAUAUUUCCCGGUUUAUUAACCACAGCUGCAUGCCGAAUCUUGUGAAUCACCAAGUUCUUGUGGAAGGCAUGGAUUCUCAGCUCGUGCACAUUGGUCUCUAUGCAAGUCAAGAUAUAGCUGUGGGUGAAGAACUGACUUAUGACUAUAGAUACAAACUACUGCCUGGAGAAGGAUGCCUAUGCCACUGUGGAACUUCCAAUUGCAGGGGUCGGCUUUAUUAAAUCCUUGAUAAACUUGUCCCUGUGAGCAGCUGUUCACAUCACAUGCGAUUCUCUAAUAAGUAUGAUGUUGCACCAACCAGUGGUGUACCAGCAGAGUUUGUGUCCGGCUUUUCUCCACAGCAUUUUGUACCUAUGCGCUUAGUUCAUACACGACUUCAAGGAAAGUAGGAUUAAAUCUUAUGGUCAAAAUAGUCUUAUUUUGCAUUGUCAAUAGCUUUGCCCAGUAGCUUGAAUGCUAAUCAUUUUUUGGGAUACUGUUUUUAGGAAAUGUGGGUUCAAUUUUUUGUUUGAAAAUGAUGGAUGAAUUGUAAAUACGGGUAAAUUAGGGUUUCCUUUAUCAUUGUAAUUAAUGAUGCUUAUUACUUCCGAUGUUAGGAUUUUCAACUUAGGCAUGUUUAUAAAUGUUAACAAUCCAAGUCUUGUUCAAAA